AUGGACUCCCGUGAUGGUCUACCGCCUCAUCGUGGGAUGGGGGAGACUCGAGACCCUGGAUGUCGAACUGCGAAGUACAGCGGAGGUUUAUCCUUAAGAAGGGUCUCCCAAGCUGAGAAGGAGUUCGACGUUUCCGGUUCCUCGGAUGCUCAGCUAAGAGUAGGCCAUGCCAGUAGCACCACCGUCUGGCUGAUUCCGUCGCUAGGCGGCUCCCUAAUCCAUACAAGGUCAGCGGUAGCCUGUGGUGAAAGCUUGGCAGGGCCCUGGCAAGGCACUGCUGAAGUUUGGGGAGAUUUCCUUCACUUAUUGCCUGUGCAGCAUUUGAAGCGCCUCAAUACCUCGCACAAGGAACUUGGAACGAAUUUCGAAAACCACCAAGGAUCUGCUAGAGAGGAGAAGAGCACUGAGGCUGGAUCCGACUGCAACACGUCUCGAGCGACUGGUAGCCAAUACCAAUUGCAAAUCAGCUUUGCAAGAAGAUCUUCGAAAGUACAGGCAAUCAAAACUCCUGGAAGCAGCACAAGGAAGGAGAAGUCUAAAGAAGUACCGCAGGGACCUUCUUGA